AGGCGGAAGCUAGCUAGCGCUGCCCCAUUCACCAGGGGAGGACGGACCACAACCGGAGCUGUUCCCUGGGGAGAUCCAGGCCAAUUAUUCCUUCUUCCAGCCCUGGAGGGGGUAGCGCCUCCCAGGGACUUCUCUGACCCACCCCACUCUCGGCGGAUACGAUGGGGCUGUAGGCAGAGAAGGCAGGACAGCCUCAGCCUGCCGCUGCAUUGUCUGGGAUGAUGGAUGGCGAAGGACUCCCCGGUCAUCCCGAGUCCAUGGGAUAUCACCGAGCCCACUCGGGGGAGAAUUUUCAGCAAGUCCCCGGAGGUCCGCCAAGGGGAGUAUAUGAGGCUUCAGAGGGUCCUGGACCUCACAUGGACCAAACCUGGGGUUUUGACCCAGCCACCCAAGACACUCCCAGGAUCCUGGGUGCUAACAAGAGCCCACAGGUGUUACCUCUUGCAGAACACUACGUUAGACCUGAUAGGGAGGUCUCCCCCAGUUCUCCGAGAGAACACCUUCGCUCAGGGAAUAAUUCCACCCAGGUCAUGUUCUGGGCGGGCAUCCUACAGGCCCAGAUGUGUGUCCUUGACCUGGAAGAAGAGCUGGAAAAGACGGAUGUGUUCCGAGAAGAGCUGAGGCGCUGCAUCCCUUCCCCCAUGGAGCUCCCAAACUUCUCCCCCAGUGGACGAGACUCCCAAGACCAGAGCACCGGCCCAAGGUCUUCGCACGUAGCGGAAGACUCUGAGGAAGACAGCGGCGGGCCAGAAGAGGAGUACAGAACGUCUCCAGGGGACGAGCCCCUCAGUUCUCCUGUGGAGUGGGGGGAAGAGGAGGAGAGCUUGUUCUUCGACAACCCCCUCUUCCUGGAAAGCCCUACCUCGGUCACCAGCGCUCCCGACGAGAAUUCUUGGAGCUUCCCAGUACCCCUUGGGGAGGAGAGGACUGAGCAAGGGAGCCUUGAACCAGAGCCUCGGUGGACCCAGAGACCGCUGCUUGAGGAAGGAGGUGGUUCUUGGGCCCUGGAGAAUAAGCCCAAUUCAGUAGCUGAGGUGUCUGAUCCUGAUAGGGAGACCGACGCAUUGUAUCCGGUGCCCACCUACAAACUGCAUUAUCAGUCCUGGGCGAAACAGAAUUGUCCCAGUGUGCCCGCCUCCGUCUCCAGUCCUGUGAUGGUAGAGGAGACCGUGUCGGUUCAGGACAGCCCCAUUCACCAAUGGACCCCAGAGGUUCCCUCCAGUGUGGACAAGCAACUGUUCAGUCCUGAAGAGAGAGGUCCAGGUGAGAGCAAUGCUGAGGCUGCUUGCCUUCUGACUCCUUCUGACCCAGGCCCCUGGAUACCAUCACCCUCAUUUCAGGAGUCAAGCAGCCCAAGAGUUGGGGUCAGGGACCUCAGUCCUCAAUCCAGCUCCAGCUCUAUCCCUAGUCCCAGCCUUAGCUCCAGUUCAAUCCCCAGCCCGGCACAGCCCCCAGAGGGGAGUUUUCACCCUGCCAGGGCCUUCCCUGAGUGGAGAAUCCUGGCUGCCUCCUGCCCUUCAUCCUUGGAGAAGGAGGGAACAGAUCCUGGUUUCCUGAAUAAAACAAUGGAGCCCCUUCCUCCAAGAAACACAGUGGAGCCCCAAGGGGAAAUCAAGACAGAAGUGGUUGGGGAGAUACAGCCGGAUGUCAGCCCAGCACCCCCCAACACCAGAGACUAUACCAGAAGCACCGAGCCCCAAGCAGAGCCCCAGGUAGAAGAACUGAGGCCGGAAGCUAAAGACAAAGUUGCCAAUGGAGUCAACCCUGACGAGGUGGCCUGGAAACUGGCUUCGCGCCUCUACCACCUGGAAGGCUUCCGCAAGUCCGAAGUGGCUGCUCACCUCCAGAAGAACAAUGACUUCAGCAGGGAUGUGGCUGAGAAAUACCUCUCCUUCUUCCAGUUUAAAAAUAAGAGCUUGGACCAAGCCCUCCGGGGCUUUCUCCAGGCUCUGGUAUUAAGUGGGGAGACCCAAGAGCGAGAGAGAAUCCUCUAUCAAUUCUCCAAGCGUUUCCACCACUGCAACCCUGGAGCCUUCCCAUCAGCAGAUGCUGUACACACCUUGACUUGUGCACUAAUGCUCCUCAACACAGAUUUGCAUGGACAGAACAUCGGCAAGAGCAUGAGCUGCCAGGAGUUUAUAACCAACCUGAAUGGCUUAAAGGAUGGUGGGAACUUCCCCAAGGAGCAGCUGAAGACACUCUACUGGUCUAUCCGCAGUGAGAAGCUACAAUGGGCAGUGGACGAAGAGGAGGAGGCAGCCAUGAUACCCAUGAAGCCCAGGCUGUCCUUUUCAGGCAGCCAGAAGAGGCGCAAUACCUUUGUCCAGAUCACCCAGGACCCCACGGUGCCCACCUACAAGCAAGGGCUCCUCGCUCGAAAGAUGCACGCGGAUGUCGAUGGGAAAAAGACUCCCUGGGGGAAGCGUGGCUGGAAGAUGUUCCACACCCUGCUUCGAGGGAUGGUGCUCUACUUCCUGAAGGGCGAAGAGUCCUGUCCGGAGGACUGGCCGCGAGUGGGGCCCUUGCCCGAGGACGCGGUGGGGGUGCAUCACGCCCUGGCCGUCCCGGCGGUCCAUUACACCAAGAAACCUCACGUCUUUCAACUGCGGACGGCCGACUGGCGCCUCUACCUCUUCCACGCCCCGACCGCCAAAGAGAUGAGUUCUUGGAUCGCCCGGAUCAACUUGGCCGCGGCCACGCACUCCGCGCCGCCCUUCCCCGCCGCCGUGGGCUCUCAGCGCAAAUUUGUCCGGCCCAUCCUCCCGACUGGCCCGGCGCGGAGCUCCCUGGAGGAGCAGCACAGAGCCCACGAGAGCUGUCUGGACGCGGCCUCCGAUGACCUGAUCGACCUGCAGAAGAGCCUGCCUGAGCAGAAGGGCCGGAGCCGGGGCCUGGAGGAGUACAGGCUCAGGAAGGAGUACCUGGAGUACGAGAAAAUCCGCUACGAGACCUACAUCCAGCUGCUGGUGGCCCGCCUGCGCUGCCCCUCCGAGGACUUGGACCUGUGGGAGAAUCAGCUGGCGGAGGAGGCCCAGGGGGCCUGGAACCCCGAGCCCGGCCUCAAGAAGUCGCACUCCAGCCCCUCCCUGCACCAAGACGAGGCCCCCAGCACAGCCAAGGUGAAGCGGAACAUUUCUGAGAGGAGAACCUACCGCAAGAUCAUCCCCAAGAGAAACCGAAACCAGCUGUGAGCCGGAGCUGCCCCGCUGGGUGCCACAGAGACAAGCUCCCCCCAGGGCCAGGCCCAGGAAUCGGUGUCUUACAGUGGAGAGUCCUGAGAGGCCUCCAGCCUACUGGGAGGCUUGUCCUUUCAGAAAUCCUUGGGAUUGGCUGAAAUCCUUGGGAGACAGGUGGAGGCAGCCCUGGCCUCCUCCCUCACCCGGCAUUUGCUUCUGACUGUUUUUUCUCCCCCUUCCUCCCCACCCACUUCUGCCCCAUUUCACUGAAGUAGCCCAAUGUCUCCCAGUCCCAGCCGGAGUCCCCCAUUCCCCAAAGAAGUCAUGCUUGCUUUCGGGGGACUGCUGAGACAGGAGAGACAGAUCUGAGCUUCUCCCCCUGACGUGACAUGAUAUGUGAUCACCCCUAUUUCUAAAACCCAGCUGGACUAGAGCAUCUCUCCAAUGUUCCCUUCUAGUUCUGAACCCGAGAGGCGCAGAGUUAAGGGAGUUGGCGCCUCAAAGCUGCAGCAACUAGGCUGCUGGCUUCACAAGCCCCUGGGAAGGGUUGACAUUGAUGGUUCUAGACUCCCCUAUCCUGGAGAAGGUCAGGAAGCCCCUAGCCCAUGUGCGCAGAUUUACAGAGCUCUGGGGGUCAGCCUGGCAGACUCCCCUCACCCCACCCAGCUUGGUGGGAGCCGGGCAUCGGCAGGUGUCCCAGGACUGAGGCUGGCAGGGCAACAUUUUCCCCCAAAGGCCCACCCUCUCCUCCUCCUCACCGACCCUCCCCCUCCCCGGCCCUGGCAGCUGGGAGAGGCCCCUGGCUCGAACACCCAUUCAGUGAUCAGCCAAGCAGAGCCGAAUGUCUGGAGUGGGGGCAGGAAGGGGGUGGAGGGACCUUCCGCUCUCUAGGGCUGAGGAGAGGGACCUGGAGCGCUGGAAACAAGUGGCCUUUGUUUCUUGAGGAGCAGGAAAAGGGGGUGUCAUGGCUGGAAUCUUCCUCCUACCCCACCCCCAGCCCUUAGAGCAGGUGGGGAGAAAUACCCAGGGAUGGUGACUCGUAGAAAGGGUAGCAGAGAACAAGAGCUCCCUUCCAGCUUCCCAGGACCCAGGGACCCCAGCUCGCCAGUAUAUCUCCUCAGUUGCCCCUGAACAGCCGGACAGAGGGGACAAUGGCUGAGAUGGAGGAUACACAGGACCUUCCCAUCGCCCCCCAACUGUGCUCUUUCCUGCCCUGACCCCCAUUCCCUACCAGGACAGCCCUCUGCCAACCCAAGAAAGGGGCUUUCUCUGUCUCUAGCGGAAGUCCUGCUCUGAAGGAUGGAUUCUGGCUCCAGCCGUCUCCAACAAGGUGCCCCCCAGAAAUGGCCCCGGGUCCCCCGAGCACUCCCAGGCCCGGUUUAUUCUGGUCUUCCCUGGCACGGUGCGCACACGUGGGAGGCUGAGGGACAGAGGGAGGGGGGGGAACGGCCCCCAUUGUCUCUGCUCAGCCAAGUGAGCCGGCGGCCAUGGGGAAGACUCGGCCUCCAACUCCAGCCUCCCCUCGUGGCUUCUCCCGUUUUGUUCUCCCCCCCUGAGAGCGCAAGCCUCCAAAGGGCAGGGACCGUUUUCUCAGCGCAUCCUCAGACUCCUCCUGGCUCCAGGGAGGAGCGCCGUGGUGCACCCAAUGGGUGCUCAGUAAAUAGUCAAUGAGUGCUGGA